GGGAAUCUUUUCAUAUUUGCUUUUUUGAAUUCCAGGCAAUUUUUCUCUUUCGGACGACAAAAUUUUCUCAUUGGAAGAUUUCCAUGGAGGCCUUCCGUUUCACCAAGAUGGGGAAAGCCUCGUGGAAUUCCUUGAUGCAGACCUAUAUUCCCUAUUUCAGAAGCUGCGAAUAAUUUUCGGACGAAGUCGUAGCCUGAUUCUUCCGACGGAUCGUUACUGGGUACGCUUCUGUUUCCAAUGAGGACGGAACAGCUGAUCUGAUGCAUGGAAAACCGUUGUAUGCUGUGUACUUGUUACCUAGCAGAGAGUGACGUUUCGAGCUGUAUCAUGACGAGGAGGAGAGAGUGGUACAAAGUCGCACGAGUUAUCAGGGAAAGAAUCUUCGAUGAUGGACUGACUAUCAAACGGAUGCUCACUCUUUUUGGCGUCAUCUCACUCGAUUUUCUCUUUUCGCAUUGCUUUUCUUUCCUAAUACGUACCAUCAGAUCAUUUCAUUCGCAUCAUUUCAUUAUCCAAAUCAUCUUCAAACUUUUCCAAUCGAAUCGAACAACCGCCAAAAAAAAUCACUCCACCCAUCGCCAAAAUCUCCCGACUCCCCGAGUGAGCGAGCGAGCUCCCGUCCCGUCCCGCCAUCCUCACUUCACGCUACAGUACAUUUGUAAGCACCGAGCAUUCUUGGAACCCUUUCGCAUAUUCUCUUUUCCGUGCCCGUCCGUGUAUUGCGUGCUUACGGACCUCUUUCGGCUCCAUCAUUAUUCUCGCUUUCGCACGAAAGUUCGCACGAAAGCGGAUGAUUGUGUUAAGGUUAGCUAGGAGGCGAGGGGGUUAUCAAUUUGUUUUUGAGGCGGAGUAGGUUGUUUACGAAGUUGGUGAGUGAGUGAGUGAGUGAAUUCUCGUUUAUGUUGUGUCGCGGCGGUAGUUGGAGAGGGGUGGCGGGGUGCUUGCUUGCUUGCUUAUAUUGGAUUUUGUGUUGUGUUGAUUAUUUGAUUUUGGGGGUUUAGCUGGGAGGGGGUUUUGGAAUUAUUGACUACUUUCUACGUACCUUGAGUUCAAUGACGAUGUUGCGUGUAUC